AUGAACUUCAUGGAAUUGCCUGAGAAUUUAAUUUUAAAGAUCUUUGAAUGGUUGACAAUUUGUGACCUUAACAACAUUGCAUUAGUCUCUAAAGAUCUUUAUAAAAUUGUUGGAAAUAUUUUGGUUGAUUUUAGACUCAAAGAAGGUAAGAAAGAAAUAAUUAAAAGUAAUAAAAUUCAUCUGACACUUCCGCUGUUCAUAAAGUUCUCACAUGACGAAAAUGUCAACAGCUUAAUGACAACAAAGCGAAAAUUCUUCAACAUCUCAGUUCGUAACUUAAGCUCGGAAAGUAAAGACAUCAAGAAUGUCAAGAAACUUCUCUUAGCAUUUAAAAAGUUUGCUUCAGAAGUCGAGAAAUUUGAAAUUAGUUGCAACCUGGUCGCGAAUGACAUUCUCAUGAUUUUGUCAAUGGCAAAUAAGAUUGAAUAUCUGGAAAUAAGAAAAUUAGACAAUAGCAAUGGGCGACAACUCUUGACUUCUACACAUGUUAACAUUAUGAAGUUACUAAAGAAAUUACGUCAUUUAUGUGUCAUUGAAUGCGACGAUGAAGUUGGAAAAAUUUUCAUAAAACUCCCAAGAAAUUGCCUUGAAAGUUUGGAAUUUCAUAAUGUUUCAAAUGAAGUCGUUUCCAAAGUUAUUUUAAAUCAACAUCAAUUAAAAACACUCAGUGUUUUAAUAUCUCAUGAAAAGAAUGUUUAUUUGUUAAGUUCAAUCGCCGAGUUAUCAUUGGAGACGCUCAAGCUUUAUUUCACGUAUUUCAAAAUUAAUCAAGUGGAGAAUUUGAUCAGUAAAACGACGAUAAACAUCCUGAAAUCUCAGAAGAAUCUUAAAAUUCUCUCACUUGUCUCGUUUAAUUUUUCAACUGAAGUUUUCAAGGAAAUUGGAGAAAUGCAAUUAAGAAUCCUCGCGAUUGCUUCACCAGCAGAAGAUCCACGAAAGUUUAGAAAGCUUUUUCAAUCACGAACAUUAGAAACGUUGACAAUUUUUGGACUUUCAAGACUUUCACCAAUGUUUCAUGAAAUCUAUGUUGAUUGUUCAAAACCAACAUUAAAAAUCUUCAAAUAUCUUUUCAUUGAUGCUUAA